GUGGACUACCUUUUGAAACGGCUGCCGGAGUACGAAAAAGGCUUGUUUGUCACUGAUUUUAUUGAAACGAAAAGAACCAAAAACAAGCAAAUGCCAGUUGUAAUAACAACACCUGGCUAUCGCUACUGCCACAAGGUCAACCACUGCCUCUCCGCCUCAAUUUCCGCCCUCUCCACCGUCAAAAAACCAAUGGUCACUACCGCCAGCAGCUCCGGCACCCCCAGCAACGCAGGCGCCUUCACCACCAUUAAAGAAACAGUAACAUUCGAAAAAGAAAUAAAAAAGAGCAAAUUCAUCGCCAUCGCUGGUCCCAUCUCUAACGAGCAGUCCGCUCACUCUUUCCUCAACCAAGUCAAGGAUCCGCGUGCCACUCACAAUUGUUGGGCUUACAAGGUUGGGGAUCAGUAUCGGUCGAAUGAUGACGGCGAACCUUCUGGAACGGCGGGGAAGCCGAUUCAUUCUGCAAUUGUUUCUUCAGGUUUAGACAGAAUCAUGGUGGUCGUUAUUAGGUAUUUUGGGGGAAUUAAAUUGGGAACGGGAGGACUUGUUAGGGCUUAUGGUGGAGUGGCCUCGGAAUGCUUGAGAAAUGCUCCAACUUGUCUUGUAAAAUCUAAAGUUCCAAUGGGAGUGGAGGUUCCUUUCGAUCUUUUGGGAGUUCUAUACCAUCAAUUACAAUCUUUCGAAGUUGAGGACAUCAAACAGGAUUAUGAUACAGGCAAAGAUGGGACCACCAUGGUUUCCUUCAAGGUUGAAUUCGAUCAAUCUGAGAAACUAGAAGAGGCUAUCAAAGCCAACUGUAGUAGAGAACUCGUAUUUUAUAAGCAUUGAAACUGACUUCACACUUCACCGAAAAGAUAGAUCCUGUCUACAAAAUUUCCCAGCUUUGGUUCAACCGAUUUAAGAUUGGUAUGUGCUGCAAAUCUCCUUUCGGAAAAUGCAUUUGUUCGUUGCCUCACAUAUCAUACAUAGUUUUCAAGUUAUUGAUGGUGACAAUAAUAUCAUGGGAACCCUUGUUUUAUAGACUUGAUUACUAAGUUUUAGUUUACAUAGUGAGCUAUUCAUUUUUCGUAGAAAUGCAACCAUGAAAUUGAGUAGGGGAAGCAUAAAGUUUUAUGUGAAGGGAGGCAGGGUGAAAGAAAUAACUUUUUGGGACCAAAAUAGGUCUGUAUAUCUUGUUCUAACUACAACUUCAGAUUAGUGAAAUAGAUAUCAUGCUUAACACAUGCAAGUUGGAUGCUCCCAAUGGCGCAGGGGUAACGGGUAAGAAUCUUCCCUUUGGAGGGGGAUAAUAGCAGCAAAUGGCUGCUAAUGCCCGUAGGCCGAGGUGAUGAUUAGUAGCAAAUGCGAGAGGAUAAUCAGCAAACUGGGAGUGGACUGAGACUCGUCCCAUGCAACUAUGAGGUUGAUGAAGGAAUGAGAAAUGGCGUAGCCAGUAAACAAUGAGCCGUUUAGAAAGAGGGGGGGGGUUGGGAUAUGGUUGUCCUUUGAAAAGAUGCAUCUCGAUUAAAAUUACAAUUCAGUUCAUAGUAUUAUAAAAUAAAAUCUCCUUUUGAGGAUCCCAUUGUUGAAUUUAUUUAAUUGGAUCAAAAUCGAGGGAAGAAUUAUAUCAUGAA